CCUAACUAUUCUAUGUUCCCUAGUCUACUCCGACCCGGUUUACAUAGAAGUUAAAAUUCACUGCAAUAUUCCCUAUAAAAAGUGAUGUGCUACACUCCAACUACAUGAAGAGGAUACGACCAUUCUAGGACACGACUUAUUGGCUCGAGAAUAUUUUUGUUCGUCGGAGAAUUGGCAGAGGUCCAACUACACCGUGUACCCUAGUGGAGACGCCCCCACGUCUGAAUACGAGUUCAUUUACUCAUUGAUUCAUGAUUGUUCUACGGACGGGAAAUUGUAUUGCACCAAGUCUUCCCAAUCUACAGAUGUCAGUGUGUCCGGAGUGCAACACGUAAAGUUCGGCAUUGAAGCUGACGAAAUAAGACGACCAGGUGAAUGUAUUUAAACAUAGAACAAAAAUACAUAUGUGUGAAAAAAAAACUGUUUUUUUUUAUUUUUGAGCCGAGACUUGACUUUUACGUGGUGUCAGGUUGUCCCAUCGCCCCACUGCACCCAAAAUGGCGCACAAAAAACACGAAAAAGUUGUUAGAAAAAUUUGGGGAGUUUUACAAAAAUCGACAAAAUGCUCUGUAACGUCUGAUUUUGAUUUUGAACGAAACAAAGUUUGUCAUCAAGAAACGGCCGAAAGCCAGCCUCAUAGCUUGAGGUGGACCAAUGGCUGACCUCUAUUUAAAAGCCGUGGGCCGAUUCGGUGUGCAACUCUUUGUGGGCCUUAAUCUUCCCAGAAUCUCCAUGAGAACUUCCACCGUUCCCAUCUAUCGGCUACCCUUUCAGCAUUGUCUUCAAUAUAUAAUUUCCACUAUUGGUAUAUUCCUUCACACAAAGUAUGCUCUUCCCCAUCCUCUUCCUAACUUUUCUAUGCUCACUAAUUCACGGCGACCCUAUUCACUUUGACGUUGCAAUCCACUGUGAUUCUUCGAUCAAAUUUUGGUGCGGAGAUAUUAUCAUUUACGAACAUGAUACAUGGACAUCUCACGACAUACUCCAACAAAAAAAGUUUUGCACGGCGGAAAAUGCAAAGGAUUACAAGUUCACUGUCAGUCCAGGUUGGGACUACUCAACACACUACGAGUUUGCCUACGUACUCCACCAUAAUUGCACUGCCGAAGGAAUGGAUCGAUGCCUACGACCUAACGAAAAAACCAAUGUAUGGACAUUUGGAGAACAUUCCAUCGAUUUCAACAUCCGUGCUUAUGAAAAUGGUCUUGCGAAGGUGUGUGAAGGUCCUAACGAGAACUAAUGUUAAUUUAAUGUUAAUUUAAUGUUGUGGAACAAAUGAAAAUUCUUAUAAAACAAA